UUCAUUCAUCUGCAUGAAUGAAGAUUCCAAAUCUAAAUCAAUUUCCAUGUUGGACCCUAUAAAUUCAGUUUAUAAAUCAAAUAAUUUUUUUUUUAAAAAAAAAAAAAGCAAAAACUAAAGGCAAAGUACAAAGGUGAAACACUUAAACUGGUCUCACAAAUUGACACAAAGCAACAUACAUAUAUUAAUUGUGUGAUCAACUUGUCUGUGGUUAUUAUCCAUUUUCUUUCCAAACACACUUUUGCUUUUUCUUUUCAUAAAAGCUAAAGUUAACACCAAAGUUACAUAACAUUGGAUGCUACAUGUCUUUGUAUCUUCAAGUGUAUAUUCACUAUAAACCUAGUUCAAGUGUUUCAUAACAUGUUAUUUUAUUUUAUCUUAACCUUAUUAUUACCUCAAAAAAUGUCCACUCUUUUUUUCUUCCUUCUACUUGUUUCCUUCACUUCAAUUUCUUCACUUCAACUUUCUUUGAAAAACCAAGCCUCAAUCAUAGUUUCUAUGAAACAUGGUUUUGUAUUUGACAAAGCUUCAAACUCUUGUUUGAAUAGUUGGAACAUUUCUAACUACAUGUCACUUUGUACUUGGUAUGGAAUUCAAUGUGACCAAAAAAACAUGUCUAUAGUUUCACUUGACAUUUCAAAGUUAAACAUUUCAAGUUCAUUUUCACCUCAUAUCACCAAACUUUAUACACUUGUGAAUGUUUCAAUUCAAGAAAAUAGCUUCUAUGGUGAGUUUCCAUCUGAAAUUCAUAAGCUACAAAGUUUGAAAUACCUUAACAUAUCAAAUAAUAUGUUUAGUGGAAACUUGAGUUGGGAAUUCAACAAUUUGAAAGAGCUUGAAGUGUUGGAUAUUUACAACAAUGGUUUCAAUGGUUCACUUCCAAAGAAUGUUACUCAAAUGUUGAAGCUUAAGCAUUUGAAUUUUGGAGGGAAUUAUUUUAAUGGAAAAAUUCCUACAAGUUAUGGUGAAAUGAAAGAGUUGAAUUUUUUGUCUCUUGCUGGAAAUGAUUUGAGUGGUGAGAUACCUAGUGAGCUUGGAAAUUUGACUAGUUUGGAAUAUCUUUAUUUAGGUUAUUUCAAUCAAUUUGAUGGUGGAAUUCCAAAUGAGUUUGGUAAGUUGAUUAAUUUGGUUCAUUUAGAUUUAGCAAGUUGUUUCUUGAAAGGUUCAAUUCCAAAUGAGUUAGGUCAACUUUACAAGUUAGAUACACUUUUCUUGCAAAAAAAUCAAUUAACCGGUUCGAUUCCACCUGAGUUAGGUAAUUUGAGUAAAUUAAAUGCUCUUGAUUUAUCACUCAAUAACCUAACAGGUGGAAUCCCGAACGAAUUCUCGAACCUUCAAGAACUUUCUCUUUUGAACCUUUUUAUCAACAAGUUUCACGGCGAAAUACCUGAUUUUAUUUCUGAGCUUCCUAAAUUGCAAGUACUUAAGCUUUGGAGGAAUAACUUCACCGGAGUUAUUCCUCCAAAGCUAGGUCAGAAUAAAAGAUUAACCGAACUUGAUUUGUCGACAAAUAAACUCACUGGAAUAUUGCCAAAAUCACUUUGUCUUGGUAAGAGAUUAAAAAUCUUGAUCUUGCUUAACAACUUCUUGUUUGGUUCUUUGCCUAAUGAUCUUGGUCAAUGCAAAACACUUCAAAGAGUUAGAAUUGGUCAAAACUAUUUCACAGGUUCAAUUCCACAUGGUUUUCUUUAUUUACCAAAUCUCUCUCUUUUGGAACUACAAAACAAUUAUCUCAAUGGUGUGAUUCCACAACAAAAAACCAAAAACUCAACAAAAUCCAAAUUAGAACAAUGUAAUCUAUCAAACAAUAGAUUAUCAGGUUCUUUACCAACUUCAAUUGUAAAUUUUCCAAAUUUGCAAAUUCUUCAGCUUAGUGGAAACAGAUUCUCAGGUGAAAUUCCAUCAAAUAUAGGAAAACUAAAAAAAGUGCUUAAGUUAGAUAUAAGUAGUAACAAAUUUUCAGGUACUAUACCUAUUGAGAUAGGUAAAUGUACCUUACUAACUUAUUUAGAUUUGAGCCAAAACAAAUUAUCAGGUCCUAUUCCAAUUCAACUUGCUCAAAUUCAUAUACUAAACCAUCUUAAUGUCUCAUGGAAUCACUUAAACCAAAGUCUUCCUAAGGAGCUAAGUGUCUUAAAAGGCUUAACUUCAGCUGAUUUCUCUCAUAAUAACUUCUCCGGUUCGAUACCAGAAGGAGGACAAUUCUCAACUUUUAAGUCAACUUGUUUUGAAGGUAAUCCUCAACUAUGUGGUUAUGAGUCCAAUCCAUGCAAAAUUUCAUCGACGAAUGAAUUGGACUCGCAACAAAAAAACAGUUCACGAAAUGGAUUUCGUGGAAAGUUUAAGCUCGUUUUCGCGUUGGCCUUAUUGUUAUGUUCAUUGGUUUUUGCUAUUUUUGCUAUCAUGAAAAGUAGAAAAUCGCGGAGGAGUAAGUCAAAUUCAUGGAAGUUAACAGCAUUUCAGAAAAUCGAAUAUGGAAGUGAAGAAAUUGUUGGUUGCAUAAAGGAAAGUAAUGUGAUAGGAAAAGGUGGAGCUGGUGUUGUGUACAAAGGAACAAUGCCAAAUGGAGAUGAAAUCGCGGUGAAGAAAUUGUUAGGAAUCAACAAUGGUUCAUCUUCUCAUCAAGAUAAUGGUUUCUCAGCUGAGAUUAAGACACUAGGUAGAAUAAGACACCGAUAUAUCGUUAGGUUGGUUGCGUUUUGUUCAAACAAAGAAACAAAUUUGCUUGUGUAUGAUUAUAUGGAAAAUGGUAGUCUUGGUGAAGUUUUGCAUGGAAAAAGAGGUGAGUUUUUGAAAUGGGAUGUUAGGUUGAAAAUUGGUGUUGAAGCUGCUAAAGGACUUUGUUAUUUGCAUCAUGAUUGUUCACCUUUGAUUAUUCAUAGAGAUGUUAAGUCAAAUAAUAUUUUGUUGAACUCUGAAUUUGAGGCUCAUGUUGCUGAUUUUGGACUUGCUAAGUUUAUGCAAGAUAAUGGAAAUUCUGAAUGCAUGUCUUCUAUUGCUGGUUCUUAUGGAUAUAUUGCUCCAGAAUAUGCAUACACAUUGAAAGUUGAUGAAAAAAGUGAUGUAUAUAGUUUUGGAGUGGUGUUACUAGAGCUCAUAACAGGAAAAAGGCCAGUUGGGGAUUUUGAGGAAGAAGGAUUAGACAUUGUUCAAUGGACAAAAAUGAAAACCAAUUGGAACAAAGAUAUGGUGAUUAAGAUCCUUGAUGAGAGACUACCUCAAAUUCCUUUAGAUGAAGCAAAACAAGUGUUUUUUGUGGCAAUGUUAUGUGUUCAUGAACAUAGUGUUGAGAGACCAACAAUGAGGGAAGUGGUUGAAAUGCUUGCACAAGCAAAGUAACAAAACAUAUUUUAAAUGUAGUAUUUUUUGUGUGUGUAAAUCGAAUUUCCUCUGAGCUUAAUUGUAGAGAUUAAUCAAUUGAGUUGGGUAGUACUGGUUCAAAUGGAGUGAUCUAGAAAAGAAAGAGAAAGACUUGUUAAAAAAGAAGGGUUGAAGUCUAUAUAUUAUAUACUAUAUAUACAUAGCUUUGUGUUUAUGUUUUGAAGUAUUAAUAUUUCCAAAUUAAUUUGUCAUGAA